AUGGGUGGAUUUACUGGAUUUGGUGGCUUGAUCAAUCAGAACAUUCAACAGCCUCGUAAGGCCGCGGCCAAGUCCAAGAUACAUGAGAAUGUUAAAUCUGGUUCAGUUUCAGAGAAAGAUACUAAUAUUCAGGAACCUUGGUAUUGGGAUCCUGAUGUGGACCCAAAGUUGAAGGCCGAGUACAAGAAAAACCAUUCGCAUGUGAAUAGGCAAGCAAGACUUUGGUCUGGUCCAAAUAACAAGCAUCCAUGGUAUGAUGCUCCUGCUACGGUGAAGGUGAAAACAAAAAAGGGUCUUUGCAAUUUGAACAUAGAAUUCACAUUGGGAUGGCCUCCUCAAUUAGUCUCUGAGAUGCUUACUAAUCCAAGAAACAUAAAUUUCUUCAGAUUAUUCGAUAGGGACUUUCGCCAACGUUUGGACAACAAAUCAACAAAGGUUUUGAAGAAGGACGGACCGCGGCAGAUCACGAGAGUGAAAAAAACUUUGAGAUAUAAGCUCCUUGGGCGCUCUAUAGCUAUCCCGAUACAUCUAAUCAUCGAUGAAAACCAUAAAAACCUAACGGCAAAAUAUAAGAAAGAGAAAAUGAUGUACAUGAAAGUGUUUGAGGGUAGAUGGAAAGUGGAGCCACUAUACGCAGAUCAGGAACGCUUAUGCAAGUCUAGGUCGCGGAUUAAUGAAGAAGAGUACAAAAAAUGUAGUGACGGAAAAGGAAGGAUUGGAUCAAAGGUGACAAUGGAGCAGAUCUUUCAGCCUUGUUCUCUUCUUAAUGUGCCACCGAUUUCUUGGUUCAUCCGUGAGAUCACCAUCAAAACAAUAAAGAAUUUGCUCGAAGAUCUUAGACAAUUUGUUAUCGACAUGCACAAAAAUUCAGACCCGGAAUGA